AUGAGGCCGGGUGAAAGGCCAAUUUCUGAAAAAAUAUAUGAGACUAUUGAUAUUUGGUAUAAUGAACUUUUAAAAAAUGAGUCAACUGCAUUCGUUGCGCUAAUAAAAAAGGCUGACGAGAUGAUCAUCGAUAAUCUGGUAUUCGAAAUACCUAAAACUGUUAAGUCAAACAAUAUAGGUAAGAAUAUCAUGAUAUUAUCUAUGUAG